AUGAAAAUCUGGCUCCUUUUUUUCUCGGUGCUCGCUAUUGUGGCAGUUGCCGAGAGCAGCGGAACGUGGACCCAGGUGGGCUCUGACAUCGACGGCGAGGCUGCGGGCGACAAAUCCGGAUAUUCGGUAUCGAUGUCCUCGGACGGCACGCGCGUGGCGAUCGGGGCUCCCAGCAACGACGCUGGCGGCAGCAACGCCGGCCACGUUCGGGUAUACGAGGACAUCAACGGGACGUGGACCCAGUUGGGCGCCGACAUCAACGGCGAGGCUGCGAACGACUUGUUGUCCGAGUGGUCGGUAUCGAUGUCAUCGGACGGCACGCGCGUGGCGAUCGGCGCUUACGGUAACGACGGCGCCGGCUCUGACGCCGGCCACGUGCGCGUGUACGCGGAGAGCGGCGGGACGUGGACCCAGGUUGGCUCUGACAUCGAUGGCGAGGCUGCGGGCGACAACUCCGGGUGGUCGGUAUCGAUGUCCUCGGACGGCACGCGCGUUGCGAUCGGUGCAAUCAGGAACGACGGCACCAGCUCUGACGCCGGCCACGUGCGCGUGUAUUCAGAGAGCGGCGGGACGUGGACCCAGGUUGGCGCCGACAUUGACGGCGAGGCUGCGGUUGACUGGUUUGGGCACUCGGUAUCGAUGUCCUCGGACGGCACGCGCGUGGCGAUCGGCGGUAGACAAAACGACGGCACCGGCACAUCUGCCGGCCACGUGCGCGUGUACUCUGAGAGCGGCGGAACGUGGACCCAGGUGGGCGCCGAUAUCGACGGCGAGGCUGCGGGCGACGAAUCCGGGUUCGUGGUGUCGAUGUCCUCGGACGGCACGCGCGUGGCGAUCGGCGCGCCUCUGAACGACGCCGGCGGCAGCAGCGCCGGCCACGUGCGCGUGUACGCAGAAAGCGGCGGAACGUGGACCCAGGUGGGCGCUGACAUCGACGGCGAGGCUGCGGGCGACUUGUCCGGGUGGUUUGUAUCGAUGUCCUCAGACGGCACGCGCGUGGCGAUUGGGGCUCAAGGCAACGACGGCAGCGGCUCUAACGCCGGCCAAGUGCGCGUGUACAUGGAGAGCGGCGGGACGUGGACCCAGGUGGGCGCCGACAUCGACGGCGAAGCUGCGGGCGACACAUCCGGGUUCUCUGUAUCGAUGUCCUCGGACGGCACGCGCGUGGCGAUCGGCGCGCCUCACAACGGCGGUACCGGCGACUACGCCGGCCACUCGUGCAUAUGCACAUCAAUCAUAUGCUCGUGUAAGCUACCUGAUGGUACGCUAACUGCCCUUUGGACCAAAGACAUUUAA